GUCCUGCCUGAUCAUGUGCUUUCAUCCAUGCUCCUCCCCGGCAGCCAAGGAGAGACUGAGACCGCCUUUCAGUCAGAUCCUGAAAAGACAAACAUCCACUUGGCCAGACCAAAGCCCCCUCCCCCGCCUGGGGUCACACCACUGUGGCACUUUCAGCUUAGGAUCCCACUGGAGCAGGGAGCACUGGGGGUCUGCAAGCCAGAUGAAGGGAUAGCCCGCAGGGCUCAGGAGGACGCACAAGCAUGGAGCAGCUUUGGGGUCUACUCCAGAGAGCGCAAAGGCUGUCCUCACGACCCUCCCAGACAGUCUACAAGCCUGUGGAAGGCACCCAGCAGGGCCACCUGGAGGAGGAAGACUGGGAGGAGGGGGCUGAACCACCAGCCCGCUUCUGCCCCAUGGAGCUGAAGGGUCCUGAGUCCCUGAAUCCUACAACGGGGCGGCAAAACCUUGGACUCUGGGUGACAGCAGGACGAAGGGCCGCCCCGUAUCUGGUUCUGACAGCCCUGUUGAUCUUCACUGGGGCCUUCCUCCUGGGCUACGUGGCCUUCCGAGCGUCCUGCCAGGCAUGCGGGGGUGACGUGUUGGUGGUCAAUGAGGACGUGAACUAUGAGGUGGGCCUGGACUUCCAGCAGAGCACUUUGUACUGGAGUGACCUCCAGGCCCUGUUCCUGCGGCUGCUGGGAGAGGGCUACCUGGAGGACGCCAUCAGGCAGAUCAGCCUUCGGGAAAGGGUGGCCGGCUCCGCCGGGAUGGCGUCUCUGGCCCGGGACAUCCGCGCCGCGCUGUCUCGCCAGAAACUGGACCACGUGUGGACCGACACGCACUACGUGGGGCUGCAGUUCCCCGACCCGGCUCGCCCCAAUACCCUGCACUGGAUCGGUGAGGCCGGGAGGCUCGAGGAGCAGCUGCCGCUGGAGGACCCCGACGUCUACUGUCCCUACAGCGCCACCGGCAACGCCACGGGCGAGCUGGUGUACGCCCACUACGGGCGGCCAGAGGACCUGCAGGACCUGCGCGCCCGGGGCGUGGAGCCGGCGGGGCGCCUCCUGCUGGUGCGCCUGGGGGUGAUCAGCUUUGCCCAGAAGGUGGCCAGUGCCCAGGACUUUGGGGCCCAAGGAGUACUCAUAUAUCCUGACCCUGCAGACUUCUCCCAGGACCCACACAAGCUAGGCCUGUCCAGCCAUCGGGCUGUGUAUGGACACGUCCACCUGGGAACUGGAGACCCCUACACACCUGGCUUCCCUUCCUUCAAUCAAACCCAGUUUCCUCCAGUCCAGUCCUCAGGCCUCCCUAGCAUCCCCGCUCAGCCCAUCAGUGCAGACAUUGCAUCCCUUCUGCUGAGGAAGCUCAAAGGCCCAGUGGCCCCCCAGGAAUGGCAGGGGCACCUACCAGGCUCCCAUUAUCGCCUGGGCCCUGGGCCAGGCCUGCACCUAAUGGUCAACAACCACAGGGUCUCUACUCCCAUCAGCAACAUCUUCGGUUGCAUCGAAGGCCGUUCAGAGCCAGAUCACUAUGUUGUCAUCGGGGCCCAGAGGGAUUCGUGGGGCCCAGGGGCAGCCAAAUCAGCAGUGGGGACUGCCAUACUGCUGGAGCUGGUUCGAACCUUUUCUUCCAUGGUGAGCAAUGGCUUCCAGCCCCGCAGAAGUCUUCUUUUCAUCAGCUGGGAUGGAGGUGACUUUGGGAGUGUGGGCUCCACGGAGUGGCUGGAGGGCUACCUGAGUGUGCUGCACCUCAAAGCCGUAGUCUAUGUGAGCCUGGACAAUGCAGUGCUAGGAGAUGACAAAUUCCAUGCCAAGACUAGCCCCCUUCUCAUCAGCCUCAUCGAGAACAUCCUGAAGCAGGUGGAUUCUCCCAACCAUAGCGGGCAGACCCUCUAUGAGCAGGUGGUAUUCGGCAAUCACAGCUGGGAUGCUGAAGUGAUCCGACCACUGCCCAUGGACAGCAGCGCCUAUUCCUUCACGGCCUUUGCAGGGGUCCCUGCCGUUGAGUUCUCCUUCCAGGAGGACAGCCAGGCAUACCCUUUCCUGCACACGAAAGACGACACAUAUGAGAACCUGCACAGGGUGCUGCGAGGCCGCCUACCCGCUGUGGCCCAGGCUGUGGCCCAGCUCGCUGGGCAGCUCCUCAUCCGACUGAGCCACGAUCACCUGCUGCCCCUCGACUUCGGCGGCUAUGGGGACGUGGUCCUCAGGCACAUAGGCAGCCUCAACGAGUUCUCUGGGGAUCUCAAGGCCCGCGGACUGACCCUCCAGUGGGUGUUCUCGGCGCGGGGAGACUACAUCCGGGCGGCGGAGAAGCUGCGGAAGGAGAUCUACAGCUCCGAGGACAGCGACGAAAGGCUGAUGCGCAUGUACAACGUGCGCAUCAUGAGGGUGGAGUUCUACUUCCUGUCUCAGUAUGUGUCACCCGCUGAUUCUCCAUUCCGCCACAUCUUCCUGGGCCAGGGGGACCACACACUAGGGGCCCUGCUUGAACACGUGCGGCUGCUGCGUGGUGGUAACUCUAGGGACCCUGAGGCUUCCUCCUCUGCGGUCUCACCUGGCCCGGGCUUCCAGGAGAGCCGCUUCCGUCGCCAGCUGGCCCUGCUUACCUGGACACUGCAGGGGGCAGCCAAUGCCCUUAGUGGGGAUGUCUGGAACAUCGAUAACAACUUCUAAGGUCCAAUGUGGGUGUGUAGGGGUACCCCCAUAUACCCCUGCCUCCUGCUGAGUGCUCCUGCCCUCACUUGAGUGGUUUCUGGGUGACCUAAGCCAACACUCACCUACACACCCCUACCCCUGCAACUAUAGGAGUGACUGAGCAGUACUUUGCAUAAAGAAGGGCCAUACUGUCAGCUAGACAGUGGACAGCGCCCUUUCGCUCAGUCACAGCCUCCUCUCUGACCCUCCCCUUCAAGAGCAGCUCCUUUCAUACACACAUACCUAGAGAGCACUCUGGAAAGUGUCCUAGGCCCUGGGACCUGGCCAGCUGUCUUGGUGGGAGAGAUGGCUGGGACCGUAGCCCGUGGCCAACAGGUGGCCUGUGAUGGGAAGGACUGAGGGUGGGACCUCAAUAAACCAUCUAGUUGCAUCUGUUGUUUAUAAGCACCUUUCUGCUUCUUCACCCUUACUCCACCCAGUUGUUCCUCCCUAGAGAUCUCAGGAAGGGAUGGGCAGAAAGGGCCAGAGAAAAUGCAC